GGAAGGGGAGGGUUUCUAAGGUGUUUGCCCCAGGAAAUCGGGGCCCUAGGCGUCUCCACUUAUCCCAGUACCUUCGAGAUACUAGGUGAAGAGUCCGCCACAACGCGAGCCGAAACUGGGUUACGUUUGCUGGGAGACCGGAAGGCGAUGGAGGCUGGAGAGGGAAAAGAACGCUUUCUGAAACAAAGGCAAGUCUUGAUAUUCUUUGUUUUACUGGGCAUAGCUCAGGCUGCUUCCGAGCCUAGGCGCUACUCAGUGGCUGAGGAAAUGGAGAGUGGCUCCUUUGUGGCCAAUUUGUUAAAAGACCUGGGGCUGGAGGUAAAUGAGCUAGCUGCACGGGGGGCUCGCGUCAUUUCCAAAGGGAAAAAAACUCGUUUGCAUUUUGAUAGACAGACAGGAGACUUGUUGUUAAAUGAGAAACUGGAUCGGGAGGAGCUGUGCGGCCUUGCCGAGCCAUGCGUGCUACCUUUCCAGGUGUUAUUGGAAAAUCCCCUGCAGUUUUUUCAGGCUGAGCUACGGAUUAGAGAUGUAAAUGAUCAUUCCCCGGUGUUCCUAGACAAAGAAAUAAUUUUGAAAAUUUCAGAAAGUAUCACUCCCGGAACUACUUUCCUAAUAGAACGUGCCCAGGACUUAGAUGUAGGAAGCAACAGUCUCCAAAGUUACACAGUCAGCCCCAAUUCCUAUUUCCAUCUUAAAUUACAAGACAGUCCCGACGGCGUAUUACCACAGCUGGUGCUGGACAAAGCACUGGAUCGAGAGCAACAGGCUGAGAUCAGGUUAACUCUCACAGCGCUGGAUGGCGGGACUCCACCCAGGACUGGCACUGCUCUGGUUCACAUUGAAGUCUUAGACAUCAAUGAUAAUGCCCCCGAGUUUGCAAAGCGGUUUUAUGAGGUGCAAGUUCCGGAAAACAGCCCCAUUGGAUUCCUGGUUGCCAUAGUCUCUGCUAGCGAUUUGGACAUUGGAACCUAUGGAGAAGUAUCUUAUGUAUUUUCCCAAGCCUCUGAAGAGAUUCGCAAAACUUUUCAAAUAAAUGCAAAGUCAGGAGAACUCUUUUUAACACAGAAACUGGAUUUUGAAUCCACUCAGACUUAUACAUUAAAUAUUCAGGCGACAGACGGUGGAGGCCUUUCUGGAAGUUGCGUGGUGUUUGUCCAAGUGAUGGAUUUGAAUGACAACCCUCCGGAACUGACUAUGUCAACAUUUAUCGAUCACAUCCCAGAAAACUUGCAGGAGACCAUAAUUGCUGUAUUCAGGGUUUCAGAUCCUGACUCGGGAGACAACGGAAGAAUGGUUUGUUCCAUUCAAGAUGAUCUUCCUUUCUUCCUUAAACCUUCCGUUGAGAAUUUUUACACCCUCGUGACAAACACAGCUCUGGACCGAGAGACAAGAGCCGAGUACAACAUCACCAUCACCGUCACCGACCUGGGGACCCCCAGGCUGAAAACCCAGCACAACCUAACGGUGACGGUGUCCGACGUCAACGACAACGCCCCGGCCUUCAGCGAAGCCGCCUACACCCUGCGGGUGCGCGAGAACAACAGCCCCGCCCUGCACAUCGGCAGCGUGAGCGCCACGGACAGAGACUCGGGCGCCAACGCGCAGGUCACCUACUCGCUGCUGCCGCCCCAGGACCCGCAGCUGCCGCUGGCCUCGCUGGUGUCCAUCAACGCGGACACCGGGCAGCUGUUCGCGCUCAGGUCGCUGGAUUUCGAGGCGCUGCGGGCGUUCGAGUUCCGCGUGGGCGCGGCCGACCGCGGCUCGCCGGCGCUCAGUAGCCAGGCGCUGGUGCGCGUGCUGGUGGUGGACGACAACGACAACGCGCCCUUCGUGCUGUACCCGCUGCAGAACGGCUCGGCGCCCUGCACCGAGCUGGUGCCCAGGGCGGCCGAGGCGGGCUACCUGGUGACCAAGGUGGUGGCGGUGGACGGCGACUCGGGCCAGAACGCCUGGCUGUCGUACCAGCUGCUCAAGGCCACGGAGCCCGGGCUGUUCGGCGUGUGGGCGCACAGCGGCGAGGUGCGCACGGCCAGGCUGCUGAGCGAGCGCGACGCCGUCAAGCACAGGCUGGUGGUGCUGGUCAAGGACAAUGGCGAGCCGCCGCUGUCGGCCAGCGUCACGCUGCACGUGCUGCUGGUGGACGGCUUCUCGCAGCCCUACCUGCCGCUCCCGGACGCGGCGGCGGCCGAGGCCCGCGCCGACCCGCUCACCGUCUACCUGGUGGUGGCCUUGGCGUCGGUGUCGUCGCUCUUCCUGUUCUCGGUGCUGGUGUUCGUGGCGGUGCGGCUGUGCAGGAGGAGCCGGGCCGCGUCGGCGGGCGGCUGCUCGGUGGCCGAGGGCCCGUUUCCGGGCCACCUGGUGGACGUCAGCGGCGCGGGGACCCUGUCCCACAGCUACCAGUACGAGGUGUGUCUGACGGAAGGAUCUGGGACCAAUGAAUUCAAGUUCCUGAAGCCAAUUCUCCCCAGUUUCCUUGGUCUGGGUGAAGAGAGGAUUAAUGAAGCAAACCCCAGUUUCAGGGAUAACUUUGAAUUCAGUUAAGUAUUAAUAAGUGUCUACUGAGCCUAGUCUCAGUUAAUUUGUGGAAAGUCCUUUUUUACUGCCUUGCUUAUUGGGGUUCUUUUUAUUUGGUAAGUAGCUAUCCUAUUCUAAUUUAGUGCAUGUUACUGGUGUUUCUAAAUGUGUUCAUUUGUGGCAUAAGGAAUGCAAAUUUCCUUUGUUUUCU